AUGUUGUUGGGUUUGAAAUCUUCCAUUGCAGGACAUUUUGGCAAGUAUUUUGCCUUGACUAAGUAGAGAUUUUGGGGGGUAUUCAAGCUAAACAAGCUGAAUAUUGGUCUAGUACAGUUUGCGUAUGCCGGCCGCGUGGUUCUAGAUUACCAGGCGAGGAAAAGAUAAAUUCGAAUUUCAAAAUAAAUCGAUAAACAACCGCAAACUUUCAUUCUCCAUUUUUUACGUGGUAUAUCGCUUAAUCCUUCACGGAAGUGAAAUUAUGGAGUUUUUAAGGCUUGGAAAUUGGGCAUAGGAUUUUGGGGGGGUUAAUUUUUUGUCACGGGAUUUUUUAUUUUGGGAGGUUUUGUUAGAAGCUGUGGGGAUCAUCCCCGUCACUUUAACUCUGGAGUGCCCCCAUCUCCCCGUGGGAUGUUGUGCUCAAUGACUGACUUUUAUAAAAACCCGCUUGUGGCUGAUCUGCCCAACUAAUUUGUUCAUAUUUUUUGCAGCACCGGCGGCAAAAAACAGGUCAUAGUUUUGUCGCUUCCUGGCGAGGAUGAGGAGUAUUAUCGCCCCUACUUUUCGGAUAUUGCCAACUUUGCCUUUGAAAUGGAUCUCAGAACUAAAGGCAGAGAUCACCUGUUUAUCGUCCACGAUGAAACAGGCCGGAAGUACUUUCAGAACCGCACGUUUACCCACGCUCAUUUCAUUGAAAUGGCAAAGCCGUCUAUGGACGCGUGGAUGAGAGAUUUUCCCCCCGCCAUGCCAAACCAGCAGGUCAAGUUUACCUAUAAACCACAGUACCUUACGGUUGAGCAGGCCAAAUUUGAUGAAGAAAGGUUUAAGAGGUUUGCCACCCUGGUGGGCUUGCCUUCACUAAAGCACAGCAACAUUAUUCUUGAAGGAGGGAACAUUGUGGAAAAUGGAGACGAAAUAGCCAUAACCACUGAGAGAGCGUACCAUGAUAAUCCAAAUAUGUCUCACCAGGAACUCGUCAAGACGUUGGAAGCUGCUAUCAACAGAAAAGUUGUGGUUAUUCCAGACCCAGGAGAUGCAACUGGACACGCUGACGGCGUCGCGUCAUUCGUGGAGAAAAAUACUCUGUUAGUUGGGUUAGUAGAGAACCACCCCAAUGGAAAAGCUAUACACGAUAACUCGAUAAACGCUAUUCUUAAAGUCUUUCCAAAUCUCACUGUUGUGACUCUCCCGUCCUAUUGGGUAAACACCACUACCUGGGAUGGUUUUACAAGUGCUGAAGGUUGCUAUGCCAACUCUUUGGUGACCUACAAUGCUGUUUACCUACCUUUCUUUUCCAAUCAGACGGGCAACGAAAGAGCAUUUGCUGUCUUUAAGAAUAGUACCACCAAAGAAGUCAUCCCUGUGUAUAACACCGGUACAGUACCCGUACUCGGAGGAAGCCUUCGUUGCAUGACGUGGCAGAUUGACGAGAAUCACCCUGUGGCUCAAGCAUUAUUUGAAUACGUGAAGACGAAAAAGUCCCCUAGUGGGUCGGCUUCAGUGGUCACUGCACAGAUUGCGUGGAUGGCAGCCUUUGUGCUGAUAGCUUUUGCUUUGGCUUCUUCCCAUUAACUUUGUUUGAGCUAGCUGUCUCGUGUUUAGAUACCUUAUUGUAACUCAUUGCAAUAGGUCUUGCAUUACUUCUUUGAUAAACGGGUUAUACGCCCGGGGGUACUUUAGGAAUGUUUGGCUGGGGACUUGCCGCUUAGACCCUGGAACCCUAAGCUUAUGCCAGAGCUAGUUCAGCUACAUUUUGCUACCCUAUACUGGACUAAACACUCCAAAUUUCCCCCCCAUCUUAGAGUAGGUUUUAGGCUGAGUUGCGCAAAUUUAAACGUGCCAAUUGAUUUUUUAUAUAUAUUUUUGAGUGGCAAUCCCCGGUUUCGCUAGUCUAGACUAAAAUCUUCAACCAAUUGAUCAGUUUCCUGGAAAAUGAUACCUUCUUCUAGACCCAAAUUCUCUGAUUUAUAUACCCCAUCCCAGAGUAAACUGUUUGAAAAAAAGCUUGAAACAGCGGCACAUACCUAUAUAGCCCAUAAAUGGCAGUACCCCCCUCCCCCCACCCAGUGGGGUUAUAUGUUAAAAAAGACUGAAGAGACUAAGGCUACGUUCACGUGGCAUCGUUCGAAUUUUCAAUAGACCGCUCAAAACUUCGUAAGUUUAGGUGUUCUGUUCAAGCGGAACCACCUUAACUGUACAGACAGGGUCUGAAUGAGAAUUAGUGUUUAGUGUUAUUUGCCCAUAAUGUUUAGUGUUUGCUAUUAAAGUGGGCGCCAGUUUUUAAUGUUUACUGUUUCCGACGAAAAUGCCGUUAAGUGUCUGGAGGGUUCUUCGGACAUCUUCGGCAAUGGUCGGACCUCUUUGUUAGUCUUGGAAAAUCUUCGUCAGUCUUUGGGAAUCGUCGGUAGCCGUCGGAAAUCUUCUAAAACAAUCUGGAAUUGUCGUAAAAUGGCCAAAAACUCCUUGACAUACUCAAAAAAUGAAGUGUUUAGUGUUAUCGAGGUACCCCCAUUCAGACCCUCUUAGACGCCUACCCCCAAAGCUCCGUGUGUCAGACAGAGCGAAAAUAUCGAAAGGUUCCGUGUGAACGAAGUGUCCGGUAAAAUGUGUUAACAGGUCGAAAAUUUAUCCGUUGCCCUUUUGACGUGGCCUGAGUCUCUCCCAUCUUUUUUCCGUAUAGCAGUUUUAUAUUGAAGUAACGGUUUUUUGGUUUCCAUGCCCUGAUUUUGAUUUUUGAGAAACUUGUAACAAAGAGACACGUAAAUCAAAAUAUAAUAAGAGUCUGAUAUACAAUAUUAUGAAAAAGAAAUCAUGUCAAAUAAAAAUUUUGUUCGUUAACUGUUUCAGCACUGUCUGACACUGUUUCCAAAAGUUUAAUUGCAUGUACUUCUUUAUUCGUUUUCCUCUUGAGUAUUUUUGCCAGGGUUGAGGGUAGAGUGAACCCCUAAUACAUAGUAACCCUCAUAUAAAUAAAGAAAACUUGGAAUACGAAAAAAAUUCCCCUCUACUGUGGCAAAAUGUAUAAAACAACACCCUUAUAUUACGAACCCCUAAGUCCCUUGGCACCUUAUUGCAUCAGGUUUCCACUGUGAUGUUGUUGAUGUUUUUCCCAACCCUUGGCUCCACCCUUUGGUUUCAUUUCUUUCAACUUUGCAUGCCAAUAACGCACGUUGUUUGUUCCUCGCAAAGCGAAGGCCUCAAGGCCUUUGUCUACCGAGGUUUAAUAAAUUUGUCCGAAUUCGCGUCGCUCUCCUAGAUCGUUUAAAUGUCUUUCACUUCCCAAUCUCAUAAUUUCAUCAGUGCUAAAAAUAUAGGAUAUACAAAUUCCGGGUUUUCUCUUAGCUAGUGCAAAGUUUUGUUGGCUGAGAUGUGGUUGAAUUGCUUGACCCUGAACUGGCCCUUGUGAGGUUCCUGAGGUCAGUUAAGUCGCUUCUGCUCAAUACAUCUCAUGCACAUUGCCAACAUAGAGAAUUUUUCAUUAAAAUAUUCGAUCACUAGCACUGCACUUGAGUUUUCAAUGUAUUGUCCGGAUCAUAGCAGACAUAAGAAGAGGAUAGAAGAGUGAUUUAAUUAACAUUUCCCUCUUUCUUUUUCAAGAGUUACACUGUUAAGUGCCCUAAUAAAUGAAAACGUGAGCGAAAUUAAAAAGGCCAAAGUUUGUUAGGUUAACAGGCCGGAAUAUUAUUUAUCCUACUAGAGCUGGAUAAUAGAAAAACGGCAAUUUGUUUGCUAAAUGGCCGAAAUCAAUUAAUUAUGGCAAAAUCCACGAGGCCGAUAUGUUAAAUGAACUUUGCCUGACAAGAGAUGGUAAGGCAACAGUCAGGACGGUUGAUUGCGAUCUUUCAUGUCCCGUAACGACUAACAUUGGACGAGCCAAACUAACCUACAAACUCCCAAUGCAAGUUUCUUUUUGCAAAGAUAUGAAUUCCCUUCAGUGUGUGUGCCAGCAAAAGUAAUGACACUUUUUUGGGCAAUGUUUUCACGCGGUUACCUAAACCAUUUUUGUAAUCUCACCUUUCAGUGUCUCAAAAUCGUCGCAGUUUUAAAAGGGAACAUUUUUGUUACAAAAGAAACUGAAUUUGUUAGCGGCCUUUCUGGUCUUUGUCCAUUAAUUGUUUACAUAAAAUUCCAAUUUUCAGUCACCUUCAAAUCUUAAUUUUUUCCUUUUCCCAUAUUUUGUAAACAUGCCUUCCUUAAUUUUUUGCUUCAUUAAAAACAUUCUGAAAAUUUUCAAUUUGUUCCAUUCAUUAGCAAGGACGUCUAAUAAAUGGAGGAGGCAUUAAAAGGGGGAAAAAGUCGGCGAGAUUUAUCAGCAGAGGUUUUUUGAAUUUCUUAGGACAAGCUUUUUUGACCCUUAGAAACAUACCUCCCUUAAUGACCUCUCUUGUUUUCUUUUGACAACAUUUGCCGUUUCCCCCUUGACCAAUGUCACGUCACCUCUCGCAUUUUACCCUAACUUACAAUGACCCACAACAUUUUACGAAAAGUACCCGAGGUGUGGUACUCAAAAACUAAAUGGUUCGGUAAAAUGGGCAAAACAUUAUUCGCAAAAUUAUGAAGGGGCCGCUCAGGUUAGCUGGCUAUUAAUGCCGGGGUGGUGUUGAACCAUGAAAGAAUUUGGCCAGAAGGAAAGCGAUAAAGGAAAAUUAAUGACACAUACCAUGUAUAGAGUAAAUAAGAUAUGGAACAAGGCAGUCGAAGCCGCCUUUCCGAAGUUUUUGCUAAUUGCGUUCGGUGUAUGAAAGGUUCGGUGAUUCAAAGUGUGUUAGCAUAAGCUGCUUACAAUUUUCUUGUUGGUUAAUUAAUUUCCAAGUACGUUGAAAAUAAACCCGUAAUAUUAUUUCCGCUUAAAUCUUAUACGAACGCCUUUUUGUUUUGGUUGUUCUUUUCAUCAUUUUUUUUUCGUUUUUUGUGAUUUAUGAACGACUAAAAAUGGCUUCCUUGUUAUUGUAGGGAAAAGAUUCCCGAAAUAUUCUCUCGUGACAUUUGGCCAAAGAAACCGUUCUGAGGAAAUGUCACGAGAAUAUUGGUCAAUUUUUUGCUAGCUUUUUAACAGGAUAGUAAAUAGCGUGAGUCAGGACAUCUUCGUAAACCCGUCCCGUGCUCAUAAGAUUAUUCUUCAAAUAUUUCUACGCGCCUGUUUAAAUAACACUUAAACAUCUUAAACCCUUGUUGUCCUUUCCUGGAGUCUCUAAUUUUUUUCUAUGUCUAAAACGUGGGUUUCCUGGUGAAAUAUUGUUGAUCCCGGUUCAGAUCAGGGCUAGGAGCCGUAAAAUUGAACCCUUCCAAGGAACCGGAAGAUUUCAGAGCUUGUUUAACCUCACCCCAGAAAAGUUGUAGGUUGUAGAGGUUAGGUUUAUCUCGAACAAAUAUCAUCAUGUACUAGAAACCGUUUCUAAACCAUUGGGAAAACCAAGCACUACUGAACUAUUUUUGGAAAACAAAAACAACAACAUGACAACGAAAUGAAACAUCUAAAAGUAAUGGUCACACUGCACAACUCUAUGCAGUAUUGCCAGUACUUAUGCAUGCACAUAGCCAUAUCACCCGCGCAGAAAAAGUGUCACGAAAACUUCGAAAUAAAUGUGAGAUUGGCUUUUGUGAUCAAUUUUUUAAACUUGGUUUACGAACACUUAAUACUAGCGACAAAAUAUCGUGGAAAAAUACGUGCUCAGUGGUGUUCAGAUUAAAGUAGUAUAAGAAGACGAAUAUUUCAUAGGUAACAAUCAACAUGUUAGCUAAAUGGAACGUUAUUUAGCAUUGAGAAACAAGAUAAACAGAGAACAAUAGAAAGACGUGUGUUUGCCUAAUUCACAGCACUUUCAUGAUGAAAAACAACAAAAACUGACGUGGCUGACUGAGUAGUUGUUAAGAGGACUGACCCGGCCUGUUUCAAGGCUUCGCUGAGUUGACUAACCUUUAACGCACACCUCCGUUCCUUAAACAGGGGACUUUGAGUUGAUUAUUUCAUUCUGUGUCUUUUUAGAGAGAGUUGACAGUUUUGGGCAUAAGUGUGGUUUUUAUGCCUUAACGACUCUUUUACUCCUAGACUACUUUAACGGGAGAUAAUUUGUCACCUCUAUAACACUUUUGAAUCGGUGGACAAAAUCCAAAGGUGAUGCCACUCAAAUGGAACCUUAAGGCAGAAAUUUGCAUCGUACUAUUUCUUUAUUAAGAUUUUACCAAAAGGAAUUAUGCUUUGUGCGAUUUUUUUCUUCGGACAUAUUAUGGAGUGAACUAGAUAGGCCAAAUCUGAUUCAGCCUCUCCUGUGGCGCCAUUUGAACACAGUCAUGAAAGCCAAAACAGUCCCAUCAAAAGCUGAUCCCAGCCAACGCUAAGCCUUAGUCCUAGGUAAUUGGACUGUAAUGGCCCCGAUUAUGGCAGCCAAAUAAGACCCAAGAAAUAAACGCUCCCAAAUUUAGGGUUUAACACAUAUUUUUGAUUUACUAUGAGCGCGCGCUUAAAAGCUCUUAAGAAGUAAUUUAGAGUGAUGUUCAGGUUAUCACAAGUACAAGCGAUUGAAGAGUUGAAAUUGAUUAGUUGUGUAAAGUAAGGCGAAAGAAAUAAAGUUAGUCAAUGGAACAAACUAUAAAUCAUGUUUACCAGCAUCAUUUACAACUGCAUGAACAUAACUCACACGGCGUACAAUUUGACAACUUUGUUCAGAUGCUAAAUAUAUUUUUUUACAUUUUAUAUUAAACUGCAAAUCCUUGUGGCCGGCGUUCUUUCUUCCUAUAAUAAGUUUGAAUCACGAACCAAAAUAGCAGUCAAUUUUCGUUAACUGUGUAAUUACAAAUGAUGGACAAGAACAAUAAAAACGGUACAGGUGUUUGCAACUUUUUAAUAAUAAACCACUACUGUAAAUGUCAGCUGGACAAGAGUAUGUAAACUGUCAAAAAUCAAAAAGAACAAUCUAGUUGAUCAUUCACCUCUUAGAAAAUUAAAGGGCACGCAGCUAAACAAAUAAUGUAACAAUAACUUUGAAACACAAAUAAGCUCUCUAGCUGAGUUGCUGUUUGAGCCAAUCACAACUCAAAAACUGGUCAUUUGUCAAUGAUUGGUUGAGAAGUAACAAUAAAAGGCUACUUAACCUCACAGUUUUACUGUCGAGAUAAGGAUAGGUUUGGAGAGACUUUUGGGAUUGAGAUUAGCCAGUACAGCGCCAUGCGUCUCCUGCUGUUUUUUUCUUUUAUUUUAGUCUCAAAAGGAUUCAAAUGUCUUCAAAGGUAAGAUUUCAGUUGACACAAAUUUGUUCAAAACGUUGCAUGCGUGCGUGUUCGUAGGUCUCAACUCGAGCCGGAUUAUAAACGAAUCAAAACGUUUUCAUAGGCAUGUUUUUGUCGCAGUUAUUAAUUCAAGUUUAUGGAUAAUGGCAGGACAAUCCUGGUUGCCAUUGCAGCCUUGUUUUACCGGAUAUAGGUCGUAAAUGAGUAACAAAACAGUACGAUUGUUACUCUGAAGUUUUUAAACAGAGGUUUCAUUUUUUUAAGACGUAACACAUGGGCCCUGAAGUAGCGAAAAUCUGACAAAAGUACAUUAGUUUUAAAGAAUAUUAAAGCAUAUAUAUUUUUUCUAGGGUCACUUUAAUAAAAAUUUUACAAGUGUAAUUUACAAGUGUGGCCAUUGUUUUAGAGUUUGAAAACAAUAGCUACACUUGUAAAUUGCACUUGUAAAAGUUUUAUUAAAUUGACCCCUGCUUUGCCACACCAACCUUACGUGGAGUUUCUUUAUACUUGUGCUCAGUCUGAAAUUAUUUCCUCUUUUAGUAAUGAGAAUGAGAACGAAAAGCAAGUGAUUGUUAUAUCACUUCCCGGUGAAAAAAAUGUUCAGUAUCUUCAGCAAUUACAGAACCUUGCUGACUUCGCCAUGGAAAUGGACCAGGUGACACAAGGCAGGGAUCAUCUGUUCAUCAUUCACGACAAGUCGGGCCUUAAGUACUUUCAUGGCUACACCUUUGUCAACGCUUACCUCAUUGAAAUGGAUGAGUCACUGGAUAUGUGGAUGAGAGAUUUCCCUCCCACAAUGCCAAACCAACAGAUCCAAUUCACGUACAACCCACAGUAUCUCUCUGAUGUCCAGGCCGAGAAAGAUAGUCUCGCUUUCGAAAAGUUUGCGAGAAUGGUGGGGCUGUCUAAAACUUUGACGCACAGCAAGCUUGUUCUCGAAGGAGGGAACAUUGUGGAAAAUGGAUGUGAUAAAGCCAUUACGACUGCGAGAGCCUUAGACGACAAUCCGGGAAUAAAGGAUUUCAUCGCGGAACUGGAAUAUACUAUUAAAAGAACAGUGGCAGUCCUUCCAGACCCCGGAGAUACUACCGGACAUGCUGAUGGCCUAGUGUCUUUUGUAGAAAGAGAUGUGCUCCUGAUCUCCGAGUUUGAUGACGCUGAUGGAAAAUAUUUUUAUAAAGCCAUGAAAAACGCUGUUCGUGCCGUUUUUCCAAACCUCGUCAUCGCUCCUUUGCCGUGCUAUAUAAAGAAAAGCACGUCCCAUGGGUUUAGUGCCGCCGAAGGUUCUUACGCCAACUCAUUGGUGACAAACAACGCAGUGUAUAUGCCCUACUUUUCCAGGCAUGAAAGCAACGAAAAGGCCCGUAAGGUGUUCCAGAAGUAUACCUACAAAGACGUGGUUCCCGUGAUAGCUGCUGGAAAAGUGAACAUUCUUGGGGGCAGUGUUCGUUGCAUGACAUGGCAGAUCGACAAAGAUCAUUCAGUGGCUAAGGCAUUGUUUAAAUAUGUGGAAAACAAGCGAAAGAGAUCUUUGAUCUGA